AUCGGUGCGCGCCGCGCCGCGCGUGCACACGUGCGGAGUGCGGCGCCGCUGCGGAGCUGAGCGGCGCGGGGUCGACUGCCGGCCAUGCAGGGGGACGUGGAGCGGCGGCUGAUCCAGUUCAAGGAUGAGGCUGGCCAGGCCCUGGGCUGCCCCUUUGACGCCCCCGUCGACAUCACGCCCGACAAGCUGCAGCUGCUCUGCAAUGCUCUGCUCCAGGAGGAGGAGCCGCUGCCUUUGGCCUUCUACGUCCAGAAUGCCGAAAUCGUCACGUCGCUGGAGCAGACGCUGGCGGGGCAGGUGGUGGAGUCGGAGCGAGUCCUCGACAUCGUCUACCAGCCCCAGGCCGUGUUCCGGGUGCGAGCGGUGAUGCGCUGCACCAGCUCCCUGGAGGGGCACACGGAAGCUGUCGUCUCCGUGGCCUUCAGCCCUACUGGAAAGUACCUGGCGAGCGGCUCUGGCGACACCACCGUGCGCUUCUGGGACCUGAGCACAGAGACGCCACAGUUCACAGCCAAAGGUCACAGGCACUGGGUCCUCAGCAUCGCCUGGGCUCCUGAUGGCAAGAAGCUGGCCUCGGGGUGCAAGAACGGGCAGAUACUCCUCUGGGACCCGGCCACAGGGAAUCAGAUCGGCCGAGCGCUGACGGGGCACUCCAAGUGGAUCACGUGGCUGUGCUGGGAGCCGCUCCACGCAAAUCCAGAGUGCCGCUACCUGGCCAGCGCCUCCAAGGACGGCAGCGUCCGGAUCUGGGACACCCUCGGGGGCCGGUGUGACAAGAUCCUCACCGGGCACACGCAGUCGGUCACAUGCGUGAAGUGGGGCGGAGACGGGCUGCUCUACUCCUCUUCGCAGGACAGAACCAUCAAGGUCUGGAGAGGCCAGGAUGGGGUGCUGUGCCGCACCUUGCAGGGCCACGCGCACUGGGUGAACACCAUGGCUCUGAGCACCGACUACGUCCUCCGCACAGGCGCCUUUGAGCCUGCCCAGGCCUCCGUUAACCCACAGGAUAUGAACGGCUCCUUGAUGGAGCUGAAACAGAAGGCACAGGCCAGGUAUGACCAAGUCAGGGGUCAGGUACCAGAGAGGUUGGUCUCGGGAUCGGAUGACUUCACGCUGUUUCUGUGGAGCCCAGCAGAGGACAAGAAGCCGCUGGAGAGAAUGACAGGCCACCAGGCCUUGAUCAACCAAGUCCUCUUCUCGCCAGACACACGGGUCAUAGCUAGCGCUUCCUUUGACAAGUCCAUCAAGCUCUGGGAAGGCAGGACGGGAAAGUAUCUCACCUCGCUGAGGGGCCAUGUCUCGGCUGUGUACCAGAUUGCCUGGUCAGCGGACAGCCGCCUGCUGGUGAGCGGGAGCAGCGACAGCACCCUCAAGGUGUGGGAUGCCAAGAUGAAGAAGCUGGCCAUCGACCUUCCCGGCCAUGCCGACGAGGUGUUUGCAGUGGACUGGAGCCCUGAUGGACAGAGGGUGGCAAGCGGGGGGAAAGACAAGUGUCUAAGGAUAUGGAGAAGAUAGGAGGUGGUGUGGAGAGAACCUGCCAGGUGGAAGCUGGUCCCUGCUGCGGCCCACUGUGCACGGCAAGGGCUGCUUAGGACAAUCUCAUCUUCUGCCUCAUACACGUGUCACUCGCUCAGCCCUAAUUUUUAAUUAGGGAAAGUUUAACUUGGAUUUUUUUAUGACCCAAAGACCUUUCUUUCUGGAUCCAGAUGACUCUGUUCCUGAUUGUUAAUGUGCCAAGACCUCUUAGAGCUGCAGAUCCACUAGCUCUGUUGGGACCCCUGAGCCCCCCAAAAAGCCUGCUUUCUCAGGGGAGAGGGGUGCAAAGAUGGAGCCUGUUCGUGCUCUUUGCCUUCAUUGUCAGCAAAGCCUCCAGGGACCGGAGCAUUCAGUGUGGGCAGAAAAGGUGGGUGUCCCCACCUGACCUUCAGCAGGAUGAAAGGGGGAAAUCCAUCGUAUUGUCUCCUGGCAAAAUUCAAAGCUGAUGUUUGCCUGGGGCAGGUGUCUAUGUGUGAGUAGUGUCUCCUGGCUGCUUUCACUGCAUUGGAGUGGGGGAAAGAGGAGGUUUUGCACCUUGGCUGGUAAUCAUUCAUAAUGGGCUGCCUGGAGCAUUGUUUCAGUCAGUCAGCAAUAUGCCACCUGCCUCAAUCCAGGGAGCAGGCUUCUUGCUUGACUUGCGUGUGUUCUGCAUCGGGGCUGGGAGGACCAGGUGUGAGAUGAAAGCUGGUGCCUGCACUGCGUUGAGUUUCCAGUCUCAGCUGUUACCUGAGAGCAGAGAAGUGAGGGCAUUUGCUUCUGGAAGCCGGUGACUCUCCCAGCCCUGCUAACACAGCCUGGCUUGGGUGCAGAGGGCUGCGGAGAAAGAUAAAGCAGCCCGCUGUUGUUUCUCUUCCAUGCAGCUGGGGAUAUCUGUGGGGUGGGAUUGUCUGGUCCCGUGCUGUUAGGUCAAUGGCAAAACUCCCCCAUCGUGAUGCAAAAUGAUUGACAAAUCAGUUGGAGCACAGGGCUGUAUCUCUUCUGUGGACACACACUGUUUAUACCUGUGAAGUCUAAGAACUGGGCGAGUCCAAACAGGACUAAUGAUGAAUCAAUCGUGUGUUGUCAACUCCUCUGCAGUAAUUGCAAUAAAUGUGCAGCAAGGACCAGA